UCAGCAGCAGUUUCUUGAUGUUUGGAAAGUCCUGAGGCCCACCCUGUUGGACUACUUGUAACCAGUGCCUAAGACUACAAAAACAUAUGUGUGGAAGAACCUUUUGUUGAAGGAAGCAUCCAUCUCAAUAUUGAAACACCGUGCAAGCCUUGCAAGGCAGGAGAGCAAUUUGUGCUUCUGUUGACGUUCGUGUGUAACCUCUGCUUCUUAUGCACUCCAGCACCCCUAUCAGUUCCUUGUUCUCCUUCACCAGUCCUGCAGUGAAAAGGCUGCUGGGCUGGAAACAAGGAGAUGAAGAGGAAAAGUGGGCAGAAAAAGCCGUUGAUUCCUUGGUGAAGAAGUUAAAGAAGAAAAAAGGUGCCAUGGAAGAACUGGAAAGGGCUCUGAGCUGUCCGGGUCAGCCCAGUAAAUGUGUCACGAUCCCACGAUCCUUGGAUGGGCGGCUGCAGGUGUCUCACCGCAAGGGGCUUCCCCACGUCAUAUACUGCAGAGUGUGGCGCUGGCCUGAUUUACAAUCUCACCAUGAGUUGAAACCACUGGAAUGUUGUGAGUUCCCGUUUGGCUCAAAACAGAAAGAAGUGUGCAUUAACCCCUACCAUUACCGGCGGGUGGAGACCCCAGUCCUACCUCCUGUACUCGUUCCAAGACACAGUGAGUUUAACCCUCACCUCAGCCUCCUUGCCAAGUUUCGAAACACUUCUCUGCACAGCGAGCCACUGAUGCCGCACAAUGCCACCUAUCCCGAUUCUUUCCAGCAUCCUCCAUGCACCCCUUUUCCAUCAUCACCAAGCCACAUGUUCUCCCAGUCACCUAACAGCAUCAGCUACCCCAACUCACCAGGAAGCUCUUCUGGACCAGGAAGUCCUUAUCAGCUCACGGUGGAAACUCCACCCCCACCUUACCAUGCAAGGGAACCUCCAGGAACCCACAAUGGGAGGUCAAUGGAUGCAAUAGCUGAAAGUCAACUAGUGCUGUCUUUGCCCAAUGGAGGUAAAUCUGCCGAUGGAGAAGCUGAAAAUUUUCGGCCUGUUUGCUAUGAGGAACCCCAACAUUGGUGCUCAGUUGCCUACUAUGAACUCAACAACCGGGUAGGGGAGACUUUCCAGGCUUCCUCUCGAAGUAUCCUUAUAGAUGGAUUUACAGAUCCCUCAAAUAACAAAAACAGGUUCUGCCUGGGACUGCUCUCAAAUGUAAACCGCAACUCUACUAUAGAAAACACCAGGAGACACAUAGGAAAAGGUGUUCAUCUUUACUACGUUGGUGGGGAAGUUUAUGCUGAAUGUGUCAGUGACAGCAGUAUUUUUGUGCAAAGCCGCAACUGUAACUACCAGCAUGGUUUCCACCCAGCCACUGUCUGCAAGAUCCCCAGUGGCUGCAGCCUCAAGAUCUUCAACAACCAGCUCUUCGCCCAGCUGCUUGCCCAGUCAGUCAAUCAUGGUUUUGAAGUGGUGUAUGAGCUGACCAAGAUGUGUACUAUUCGAAUGAGCUUUGUUAAAGGCUGGGGAGCAGAGUAUCAUCGCCAAGAUGUUACAAGCACACCCUGCUGGAUUGAGAUCCACCUGCAUGGACCAUUGCAAUGGCUGGAUAAGGUGCUGACACAGAUGGGCUCACCUCAUAACCCCAUCUCCUCAGUCUCUUAAGAUUCAUCUCUAGAAUUCCCUUAGGAUGGAUGCUAUUGCAGGCAGUGGCUUAUAGGAUUUCUAGUGAACAGAAGCUUCUAUAUGUAGAUGUAUGUAGAUGUAAAUAUAUACAUAGUCUACUCUCUUUAUUUUUUCUUUUUUUUCAUGCUACAUUUUGUGGUUUCUAGUUAUUCUGAUGCCAGUACAAUAAGUUUAGAAAUUCAGGUAUAGCCUAUCUGUUCUCUAGUACAAAAUAAGCCAAAUUCCUGCAAAAGUGUCAAACAUUUCCUGUGAGCAUCUUCAUUCCCCAGCCAAGCCAGUAAACGGUGCGAAUUCUCAGCACUUUCGCAUGGAUUUAGAAACCUGGCUGUAGCUGUUCCUAGUAGGUGAAAUUCACCCCUCUGCAGGCAUCCAAAGUCAGAUCUCUACACCAUUUAUAUCCAUUUCACAUCCUAAUUUCAGGUCUAAAAGAGGACCUUAGGUGGUGCACAGGACUUUUGCGUAGAGAUGACUUUUAUCCAGUGAACUGAAGGACUAAACUGCAAUUCCAGUCUGUUUCCCUACUGCAAAGCACGAUGGGACAACAGGUCAUCUGUGGAGCUGAGGCAUCCCUGUCUCCCCUAGGAUUUGGCAGGAGGAGAGAGCCCUCAGGACGCGUUCAGCACUGGAGCCUUGUCAGAGCAUUCUGGACACAUCUGAGUAGUCUGAUACUGUUAACAAAGUAGUGUACAGUACUGCUGCACUGAAAAGCAACAAGCUCCUGAAAAAAAAAAAAAAAAAAAAAAAAAAAAAAUAUAUGCCUAUAAAUUUAAAAACUAAUUAACUUCCAGUGCUUUUCUGCAAAGUACAUACAUACUUGCAUAUGUAUCCGGCAUGUAAAUUGAAUCCUAUACAUUAUACAGUAUUGAUGUAGUUUGUUUUAAAGUUAGAACUGUCUGUAGUUAGACUACUGCGCUGAUAUCAAGGGUACAUCUAAAAGGGACUUGAACUGUGAUUCAGAAAAGGGAAAUGAAGUGUGCAUUGAAGAAAUGAAUAAUUACUUUCUUGUUUAUCUUGGGAUAGUCUCUGUACUGGGAACAGGAAGCCCCAUGCUCACAGGAUGCAGUGAGAGGGAGAUGGGCAACAGCCAUGUCCAUCCCCUGUGCUGGGUCAGUCCUCAGGAUCUGUCUGCAACACUUGGGUUUGACAGAGAGGGCUUUCCUGCCAGUCACUUUGUACAUCCCCAUGGAUAGUUUCUCAUCUUAGAUACAGGCUUUAUCAUUUGCAACACUUUUUGCCUUGCCUGCACUGGAGGAUGGUGAGGCAGUGUAACCCAUGAACAAGCAAAGAGUGAAUCUACGUGCAGAAUCUUUUUUAAAAGCUCUUUGUCUGCAGUCCUUCUGUAAGCAGAGAAACCUAUUGCCCAUACUCUCAUCCACAGAGCCAGUCUUACAAAAUGCUGUUCACUUGGUAACCUUUUCUGAGGAGGCAGGUGAAACUCCUACUACAUUUUGAUUGCUCCUAUUACCUUGUUGAAAGGGUAGAGGAUUGUUUCUUUCCAGACAUAACAGUCCACUGAAAAUUGUUUUGCUUUAAGGGUCAGAAAGAGUGAUAGCUUCUCCAAUCUCAUUCCUCCUUAGAACAUACCAGAAGUAUCCUAAGAAAAAAAAAAAAAAAGUUUUACAGAAUGUUUCUUUUCUUCUCACACAAUAUCUGGUGACACACAUUUUACUGCAUAAUUGGAAGAGGAUGCCUGAAAUCUUCAGCUACAUCACAUACACAAAGGAAAUAACAUUCACCAGAAAAACUUUCCAUGUGUUUUAGAUGCUAUGUAAUACCUGUUAUGGGGUGGUAAUUAUGAACAGAGCAGAAGAAUCAGUAAACUAGCAGGGUUACUUCAUUUGAAUACAUCUUCAGCUGCCCGCAGAAUUUUUAGGGCACACAAGGAUAAAUUACUGAUAAGUUUGAGCAGUAAUAGCAAGUUGUAUAGGAAAUCUGUAAAUGCAAAGAACCCUAUUCUGUCACCAUUUGAUGUCAGCAGUGUCACUGUGGGAUAGGAAAAGCUUUACAGUCUCCUGCAGCAAUAAUAAUGUGACACAGAAAUUCCAGGUGUGCCAUUUACUGUUUAGCAGACAAAAGAAAGAUUGGUUUGGAAAAUCAGCUCCCUCUGUUACUGGUGUCACUGUACCGAGGUACUGGUAACAUGGGUUUUAGCAUGUUUAUUGCACCCUUUCUCCGGUUAUUUCUCUGUGCUUUUCAUUCCUUUGCUCAUUCCUUUGCUUUCUUAGCAGCGAAGGACAGAGAAAAUCACCUCUCCUGUCCAGGAUCUAGCUGUCUUUUAUCCUAGAUUCUUCCUUGCCUUUUAGGCUGAAACCUCCUUCCCUCCUAAUAUAGAGAGAAGCCUACGGGUUGCUUUUAGACAUUCUCAGCAUUGUCAUCUUGCUCACAGAGAGCAUACGGGGAUGUUGUGAGGUGCAUCUUCUCUUGGACAGCCCCAGAACCCACUUUCCUGCCAAUGCUGCAGAGGAAAACUGAAUGGCCAAUGAAGAGAAGCAGGUUCCUCUGGGGCAUCAUUUGUUUCAUCAUAAGGCAGGUAUUUCAAGUAGAUAAAAUACACUCUGCUCUGAACAUGCUUACGUCUUCCAUUGAGUAUAAGGAGAACUAAGGGUCACUAGCUCAAAUGUGGACUGUUACAUUGGACAUAUCCAAAAGUUGGUGAGGUGGGCCAUAGGGAAGAUGUGGUGGCUUUCCCAGACUAGUAAUGAUGCUUGCUUAGUAAGUGUCUGUUGUUUAAAUGGAAGUUGGGAAAUUCAGAGCAGUUUGUCCUUUCCUGUAUGUCUACUUCUAUAGUAAUCCUCAUACAAAUAGGAUUUGGCUUCAGUGCAGUCCACACAUGCAUCUCAUUAAAGGUAGUCACCUUAAUACUCCCUUACUAGUAAGUUAGACAUUUCUGGAGCAUGAUUCUUCUGACCUCUUUACACUGUCUGCAUUAGGAUGAGGUGAAUUUCAGCAAAUUUAUCUGCUGAAAGUUGGACUGAAGCACCUGAUUCAGGACAAUCAAAGCCAAACAGCCAUCUCAGAGCUGUUAGCCUUUGGGAAGGCUGGUAUCACUGUGUGAACUAUUACCUAUUUUGGUGGCCUGUACGGGCCUGCUCCUCUGUAUGAGAUGCUGUGCAAACACAAAGCAGCUGACAGCUCCUUCCUGAGAGACUGGGAGAGCUCACAUCACAAGGGACAAGUGGUAACAGUAGAUGAGGCAAACAAGUAAAGAGGAAGAUGACCCCUGCCCAGAUGCAGUGAUAAAAACUAAACCCUUUAUUUCCCUUUCUUUCUGAACAAAGUCCCUUACAGACUUCUCUACUACAUGUGAAUUGAGCUCAGUUAAAAAUUCAGGUUUCUCAUCAUUUACAGCAGUGUAACUUUGUAUCUCACUCUAAUGUAUCCCCAUUUUGUAAGGAGAUAUUUUCUGUUGAAAGGUCUUCAUGAACCUAUCAACCCGUAGUCGAUUUAAAGCCUUUAAAUGUACUCAUUAAUACUCAAGCUUUGAAGAUGGGCUUCCUGAGAGAUUUAAAACCACUUACAGGGAGACUACUUGGUCAAAGGCAGAUUUUAAAAAAUGUUUUUUGAGUCAUCAACAGUUCAAACCUUCUUGAAAGUUUCUGUGGAGAAGUACCAUGCAUCAGCAGGCAGCAAUGGGAGUUUGAUCAGGUAGAGGCAUAAAGCACAUUCAUCAUGGUACAUGGACCACUUGUUUUCCUGUUAAGUGGUCAAGAGAAGAUGACUGCUUAAUUGCUGCCAGUUCUUCAGCAGCACCAGUAUGAAAGUGCCAUUUUCAUGCAGAGGUGACAGAAGCAAAUCGAGCACACUGACUGCAUGGCGGCAUGCAGUGGCACUGCUGCUCUGAUAUCUCACUCCCAUAACCUUGCACUGUAACAGCUGGUCAGGUAUGGUAUAGCAGUGGCUGUAGUUCAGCAGUGUAGCAUGUGCUUUGCCUCCCCACCAGAGGCUAUGCCACAAGCAUCUUUUUACACCUUAUGAGUUUCAUGUUUUGCCAUGCUUAGUCUGAAGGAUAAUGUAUCAGCAACACGAAGGGGAACUGUGGCCCCAGGUAACAUCAACUGGAGUCAAGGAAAUUCCUUACAUUUCUUCACCAAGUACUGUGUCAGGACUUUUACUGCUCUGAGCAGCCUUCUUCAAGUGGUCCCUGCCUUGAGCAGGGUGUCAGACUUGAUGCCCUGCACAGAUCCCUUACAAUUUACAUUGUUCUGUGGGUCUGUACAGAGAUUCCGUGAUAACUGGUUGCCACAGGCCAGAGCUCUCUGUUUGCAGAGACAGUUUCAGGGUGAAAUAUGUUUAUCCUUAGCAAUUUCUGCAUGAGUUCAGUGCAGGACAGAGUUAGAAGAUAUUAAUGUUCCCUCAGCAUAAAAUAAACACUGCAAACAUUUCUCACUGUAAACAUCAUCUCUACCACACAGCUCUUAAAAUGGAAAAAAUCAAGCAUUUGUGAUUGUAACUAUAGCUAAUUUGCCCUUGUUCUUCCUGGCUUACAACACUCACCUUUGCCUAUAACCUCCAAGAACCAGAAAGUCUCACUAGCAACUGAGGAGUUGCAUGAACAGCUGGAUUUACAGAGGCAGCUCAGGCAGAGCCUGUUUGCUUCCUGGCUGGAUGGAAACAAGCUUGAUUGAAUUUAGUAACUUUGAAAGGGUCUCAAAUAUAAAGCCAGUUUUCCUGGCUCAGCAGAGUCUUCUCUGGUGCAGCUAUAGCUUUCAGGAAUAUUUGAGCACUACAUGGUGCUCAGCACAAGAAAGAAACAUUACGCCCUCUGUACUAUUCACCUUUCCCCCCAGCUCCCCAUAAUCUAAUUUACUAAGACCAAAACCAAACAAAGAAAAAUUAAUGAGUCAUAGUGUCAUUAAAUACCAUUUUAAAAAGUUGAGAAUAUAGAUUUAUAUAUCAUCAGAAAUGCACCAACCAUAACUUGUCCCACAUGCUCUCUAAGUCAAAGGCAAUAGUUCCUUGCUCUGGAGAAGCCCGGAGAGUAGUAGGCCGUUACUCGAACAUCUGAACCCAAGCCUUUCUGGGUGAGUGAAAACCCCACUGAAGUGGCUGAGAAGUAUUUUUUAUAGAGGACUUCUAGUUCAUGGUUGGUUACAGUAGCCAGAGAUGCACUUAGAGAAUGAAGGAACUGGGAAGCAUAUGACCAGAUAUGGUCAGUGGUCAUCACUGGAGGUAUCAAGGCAGCAUGUGCUUGGGCAGCCAUGGUGUUCACUGAAGCUUUUUACAUUCAUGUCUGAACUAAACAUCGAAACCUGUUUUAGGAGCAGCUUGGAGUACCACAAUCCUUAAUCUGGUGCUUCCUAUACACACAGCCUGGCUGAGUGUGCCAGCCUCCUGGUUAAGCCAUGAGAUAUGUUAGGGAAAAGUGGUGUUCCAUGUGAUCCAGGAGUAGGCUCUGGUUGCAUCUUGGAACUGCACUUGCAAGAUUACCCUUUGCCUCACUGAAGGACUAAUGGGGAGUUCAGUUUUGGGCAACCAUUCAAGGACACUACAAGCACAUCCAACUGUGUGCUUCUCAAAGAAAACUGCAGUCUGAAACAGAAACUGCAUGAACGAAAGACAUGGAUAUAUAAUCUACCUGGGAAUUGCAAUAAAGCAACUUGCUUCAUGUUUAGGUAGGAAAUUGUAGUGCCCAAAGGAAGAUGGAAUCAGCAGGAGCCUUCACAGGGACUCCUAUGAAAUCACAUUUAUAGCAGGAACUAAGAAUAGACAAGUGUGCUUCCCUGAGAGCAAGUAAGAGGUCGGGUCACCAUCAAAAAAGAGCCUGAUAGAGUUGGUCCCAUCUUGCAGCCGGGAGAGAUUAUGUGAGACUUUAGAUCUGUGAAUAAAAAGCUUCUCAACCUGGAGGCUUCAUCGCAGCCACUGAAACAGGGCUUCUUCCUAAUGGCAGCUCUGGGAGUACAAAAAGCCUGGGAGGGCAUUUAGUCUGUGCUCAGCAGAGAGAAAUCCCUUUCUGUCUCUACUGCAGACGGACACUUUUGCAUGUUGUGCACCAGCACAAAACACAGCCUUUGGUUUGUACCGAUCAUCUACUCAUAGGAAGCUCCGGAGUGGCCAGGAGCAGCCAGAAUCCUGUUACCUGUUCACCCCAGGGCUUCCCAAUAGCUUGUCCAGGUGUGCCUUACAUUAUAUUGCCAUAUUGAUGCCACACUUUCCUGCCAGGGAGGUGAGGCAUAUGAGGCCCAUCAGGAAGAUGCCUCCACUUGCAAUUGGGCCAUGCUUGCAAACCUGGUGCCUGUACAGAUAAUGAAUCUAAUGUGCAGGCCAUGUCUGUAACCACUAUGUCCUCCAGAGUCGGCUACUCUUCCAUUAUAGCCAAUGUGAACAUUUGCAGCCAAUUGUGAACAGUUUUUAAAUCUUCAGUCAUAGUGGUUUUAUUCUCCAUGGAUGCUGCUAUUUUAUAUUCUGUGUUAGUACUCAAAUAAUAUUGCAUAUGAAUAGCAUAGGAAUAGAUCAACCAGUUAAUAAUUUUAAAUACAGACCUCAUCAGCAAAGAAAAGCUACAAAAAACUUGGUAAAGUCUGACCCCUUGCACUUUCACGGUAGCAAGCACAUCAUGUUUCAAAGUGAUUUUUUGAUGCUAAAGUGUGUGUUAAAUCCUAUUAAUUCAAUUAUGUCCAUGAGAAGCUUUGCAAACAAGAGCAAGAGAACAAAUGAAAUGAUGAGCAGAGAUAAUGCACAUUCAUAUAAAUUUUCUUCACUUACUCAAGCAAUUGGAGUUCUGAAUUAUUUAUAAUACUAAGUUAAAUGUACCACAGCAUACUUUCUGCAGAUAAAUCAGUGUUAGCAAUUUAAUCCCUCAUUUCAGUAUCACCUCUGUGAUGUAAAUGGGGCUGAGAAGUGUGACAAGGUGAAGGAACAAGCCCUUAUUGUGGGGGUCAAUGAAGCCAUAAGGUUGUAAAGUUCUAUGCAGUCCAGGGGUGAAAAGGGCAGAUUCAAGCAAGGUGCGGGUUUUUUUGUGUCAAGUACAAGCUACCAGUCUUGUGCCAAAAAGCACCAUGAAUCAUACAUAGAUUUAACAGUGUCUAUGAACAAUUCCGCCCUUGCUUUUCCAUCGGAAUCAAAGCAAAACAUUUGCACCAUCCAGAAUGAAGUAUUAUUCACAGCUAGUGAUCAUCUUUAAAACAGUGUAGAUUGCUGUAUAAAGAACGCUACUUGGACUCUUGAGAAUGAAAAAUCUCAAACAUACUUAGUUUCAGGAGACUGAGAGAUGAGGGCAGCUCAGAGUCCUCCAAUAAGCCCCAGAGUACUCUGCCCCAUGCCCUGUCAUGUCAAGAAAGAUAAAACAAUUGCUAAUCAAGUGGACAUUUUCACAAGCAUUCCUCCUGCUGCAUUUGAGGCAUUCUGAAGUCAACAUAUUUAGCCUGAUGUUUGAACAAUACACUUUUUAACACACUCCAUUUUCUUUGGCUGGAAUUAUUCUGUUGUAAAAGGGAUUAUUCACGUCUUGUGUUUUACUGUUAAUAAAGAUAUUUCUGAUUAAAGAGCUCUUUCCCUUGUUGUCUCCUCUUUUUCUCCUUGAAAGAGACUGGCCCUGGAAAGCGGUAGGUCCCAGUCUGAUCACCAGUGGCUUUGGUAACCACAGCAUUUAGAAAGCCUUUAUUCAUAUGUCACUUAGGCAAGAGGAAUUGGUGCGUUCAGAGUAAUGGGAUGAAGCAACCCUCCCAGCAGAAUGGGAUGUUGGACACUAUAAAAUGGGUUGCAAAUGAAUACAGCAUAAAAUCUGCAUGUUACAAAGUACAUGCAUCCCUCACUGUCCUGUGGUAGAUUUGAAGAUGAAGAGGACAGUUCAGCUUUUGAAGGAGGCAGCCCUGAUCCGACAGGCAGUUAAUGAGCAGUGAUGCUGCCCUAUGACAGAAGCCCUAGCUGUGGACCAGACCAACACAUUAGCGAGCAGACAGACUUGCUGCUAUGAGGGUCUUAAACUGCUCAAGGAAAAAGAGAUAUAGUAAGAAUGUACUGUUACUGUUACUGAGUCAGGUUUUAAACGUUCCUAAAGUUCAGAUUUUGUUCUGCAACAACAGAAGCAAGAGAGAAGAUGACAUAAUGGUCUUGGAGGAACACAGACACUGCUGUGUUCACACAUGGUUUGGGAAUCCCACCCAACACCCACCCUGCCUGAACGGGGCAGCCCUGUUGCCAGCACAUCUCCUGCCAUCUGCACCAGCCUGUAAGGCACUGCCAUCACAGACCACCAGAAAUACAGGAUAGGUGAGCUGCACCGUGCUGAACAUCUCUAUGCACAACUUCAGCAAGUUUCAUUUGUUUUGAGGUAACCAACUCGUUCAGCACUGUUAUCACACAUACCCUGUGUCCCUUUUCUACCAUGAGGGUUGGUCUGUUUUUUAGAAAAGCUUAAUCAGAUCUGCUCACCUCAGUGCUUUUUUGUAAGAUGACCAUUUAAACCAAAAUCAAAUACCCUGUUUUACAAUUUCAGCCCAUUAUGUUUUCACAAAUAUUCUGACACACUGAAAACAGUAACCUGAUUUUACUUAAAGCUAAAAUAACCACCUAUGACAAGAGCCUUGGAACAUAAGAGUUUUAAAUGCCACCUAGCCAGAGCUAGCCAUCUUAGUAUAGAAAAAACCCCAACAUACAAAUUUAACAGAACAAAGGAGGACAGGCUUUGGGUUUGUUUUUUUAAAAGAGAAACAAAGAUUUUACUCAAACUCUUAUUGGUCCAGAACUGCUGAUACAAAGUUUUUCAUUUUCUUUUUUAAAGAACAACUUGUACAAUGCUAAAUACAAUCAAUCCCUACUGACCAAGUUCUAUACAUACACAAAGCACAGCUUGUAAAAAUUCGCAAGACUAACAAAUACUCCUGAAGAGAGAUUAUUUAGCAGAUCGAACUGUCGCAGUAUUAAGUAGUACUUUAAUGAGCACCUACAUCAUUCAGAUAAUCUCUGUUCAGAAAUGCGUUUUAAUACAAAACUUUGUUUUAAAAACAAAACAUGGGAUUCAACACUUACAUAACACAGUGUUUGGAUUCUUAACCCAAUCAACUGCAAAUUCAUCUGAAUUGGCUGAAAACCUGAGAAGUCUAGCACUAGAGUUGAUAUCAGUUCUCUUAAUAGAAGAAUUUUAA